GUUUGGGAGCCCUCCAGUUUAUGCCUCCAUGGAGGAGGAUUUCACUUCCCUUGUGGACCCUAUGGCUUUCCCACAGACCCGUCUCGGUGAACGCAGAAGUUGCUGAGAUCUGUUCAGUCUUUCUAGGUAUCAUCUCGGUCAGUAACCCUGAAGAUCCCACAUGACAUGGAAAUCCCCUUGGCCAAAGAAAACAUACAGGGCUUUCACUUGAAUUUGGUUGAAAUUCUUUGGAAAAGGGUAAUGUGGGGAAGGGGUGGAGAGGAUAAAUUGCAGCACCUCCUUGCCUGAGCUUACAGUUGAGCUCCUCCAGAGGCAGAGCAGCAUCCUGCGAGGAAGAGCCCUCACGCAGCCACCAUGCUUGGUGCAAGGACAGUCCUGGUGCUCGUGAUGCUACUCACCCUCUCCCCACGCUGUGAUGCAGCCCCUUACACACCGUCUGAGUGCUGCUUCAAUUACAUAAAGUCCCCUCUCCGGCUGGCUAACCUGAAGGGUUUCUACACAACUCCCAAGGAGUGUUUUUCCCCAGCAAUUGUGUUUGAGACCAAGAACGGGACCAAGGUCUGCACAAACCCAGAGAUGACUUGGGUGGAGAAAGCGGUUGAGAGGCUUCAGAAAAGGAAAAGACUUCAUGCCCCGUGAUGUAGAGUGGGUACCCUGGUUCAGGCUACCCAACAUCCUGGAAGGAAGGUUUAUAGUCAUCCUCCUGGAAAGGCCUGUGGAGCUCCCUGAUGCUGAGGGAUGGCACUGACUCCCCAGAGCCCUGCACCGCAUCGACCAGCUGGGCACCAGAUCCUGGGCUGCUGCCAGCCCUGCCAGCACCUGCCCGCU